GUGAAUGCCAAGAAACCCCGCAUCAUCCCGGAUACCUCGCUACUAAACAUGAUUCUACGAUUUUUCGCCUUCCUUUUCUGCACCCUCAUCUCCCGAUCGCUGCAGGACGAUUUGCUAUCCACCAGAUGCCAAUCCGAAUGCUUGCACGAGCUCACGCAAAGAUAUCAGGUUUGU